GUUCAUCGGUCUUUCUCAGAUGGCACAGAUUCACAGAACGACUUGUACAAAGCUUAUGGUCACGUACACAGUAUCUUGUUUUUUAUUGGAUAUCUGCGUAGUCGUCACAGUCUUCUUGGCUCCUUAUUAGAUGCACAUCCACACAUGGUGGUUUCCGAUGAGGCAAUGGCUUUUCCAAGAUGGAUAGGAGAUCUCCAAACGUGGCUAAAUGGUUCGAUAUAUGCUUUUUAUGAUACGUUAUUUGGAGAUUGGCAGAGCGCAGUUGCCCACGGUAGACGCUCGCGUGUAUUUGAAGGAAGAGUAGUAAAUGUGACUUCUCCAUAUUCCUACUAUGUACCAAAUCAAUGGCAGGGCCAGUGUGAUCAGUAUAUCAAGGUCAGCUGAAUGGAAUUUUUGUUUUUCUGUUCAAUUGUUUGUUGGUUCGUUUUAAGAAAAGGAAUGCGCCAAGACGAUAACUUAAUGGUUAGUACAUCUGCCCCGUAUCGGAGACAUAAAGAGACAUAUAGGGGGUCUUUUUUUGUAAGGUUUUUUCAACCAAUGGUUGGGUGUAGUUAAGCGAAACCAAAUUUACUGUUGACCACCAGUUGUUAGGGACUGGCCCCUCGGUUUGUUUCAACAGCAUAAUUUGAUAUACCGAUAGAGAAAAGUAGUUCAGUCUGUAAUUGCGCUGACAGUAAUCGUAUUACGAACCAUCCCUAAAAUUUUGAUUCAGGUGAUUGGAGACAAGUCAGGUGCCUUUACAGCGAGAACAAUGAGGAAAGACAAAGCCGUGGAUGCAGUUCGACUCCUAGAGAAAGCCGCCGGCGCAAAGGUGAAGUUUGUUCAUGUUGUGCGAAAUCCAUUCGACAAUAUUGCAACCAUGGUUCUGCAAGAUGCUAGAGUCAAAAAAAGGGAAGUGGGAAAACACGAAACGAAGGUAUGUGCGAUGUAUUGCGUAACUAAACGCGAUAUGUCAAGAUACGAAGCUUCAGGGGUCGGCCACUAUCUUUCGCUGUAUCCCGAUUAAAUUUUCCGGGAUAUAGCAUUCUGACGAUCUCCCCUCCCCUCCCCUCCCUGGCAGUCAGUUUUCCAUGUUCCCCCUUCCCUCCCCCUUUAUACUCUGUCAGAGACGACAAAUCCCCAUCUCCGUUCCCCCUGAAAACUUCUAUCGCUCCCGCCUCCUGCCCACAUGAUAAAAAUAAUGAGCUCAUUAUAUGAAAAAGAGUAUUUGGGACAAAAGUUGCUAAAUUUGCCACGUAAUGACUUCUUGGUUUUGCAUCUUCCUGUGAUUUGAUUGGUUACUUUACACAAGCCUCUAAAUCUAAUUGGUUGUUUUGAUUAAGUGUUGCUUUUUUCAUUGGCUGGGAAAAAGAUGAGAUAGCAUCAGAGUAAUAUGAUUUACGAAUAAAUCGCACCGGCGAGAGCCAAUCAGAUCUCAAGGAUCAACAGUGGUUUUCAAAUGGAUGUAAUAAACAUGGGAAACGGUCCUUAAGUAGCUAUAACCUAUUAUAACCAUGAACUGAUGGUUUACACGCUGUAUCUCUAUCUGUUAUCCACAGAUUAAAGCUUCUUAUAUAUUGGACGAGAGUAUAAGUCGUUAUUUCGGCUGGGCAGCAGGUUGUAACAAGGCCAGGCAAGCGUUUCCCGGCAGUGUUAUCGACAUUCCAAGUCUAGAAAUUGUCAAGAAUCCUGCCGACACUCUGAGAAAAAUCUGCAAAUUCCUGAGCAUCUCUUGCUCAGAGCGUUAUAUAAAGGACUGCGCAGCCACUGUAGAUCCAGUCCCAUCAAUGACACGUGACUUAAUAGAGUGGACCACUGAACAAAAGAACCGCGUUUACGAAGAAAUGAAAAAAUACUCCUUUUUUGACGGCUACUCAUAUGAUCAAUAG